UCAACUGGUGUAUAUACUUGUUUUACUAAGAGAGUUGAGUGUAUGCGACAACACUAAUACUUGCACGAGUCUAUGGGACUAUCUCAUGUAACAGUAUACAUGGAUUCUAGAGAGCCGAGUAAACGUACGUAUAGUCGGUCUACCACAAGAAUGCCACCUUACUACCAUUCUUUCGUUAGGACUAGAAUAUAUUAACACAUGCGUAAUGUAGUACGAGUACAUGACAUAUUUGAGACCAAAAAAUAAUAUUGUCACAAAAAUCAGAUUUUUAUAAAAGUUAAAAUAAUAUAAAAUAAAAUUAAAAUUAUAAGUGAAAUUAAAAUUAAAAUAAAAAAAAAAUUUUAAUAAUAUGAAUAAUAUAGAUCGUAGCCGUAUAUUUUCAUGCACAAUGUGUUUUGUUGUCUGUAAUUCACCGGACACAUUAAUGUGUCAUAUUGUACGUAAUCACCAGUAUGAUCCACUAUUCAAAGUGAUAUGUACACAAGCAGGAUGCGGAGCAACUUAUAAAAAAUGGAAAUCUUUUCGUCAACAUAUUUUCAGGAAACACUCAGUUUCGUCUCAGAGGUUAAAUGAUAUCAACAACCAAGCUGAAGAAAGAUUAGCUGAUGAAGAGUUUCUUGAUACGGAACAAAACGAUGAAAAUAUAGAUGAAGCAACUGAAUCUGUAAUAAAGCGUCUUCAGUGGCAUGCAGGAAAAUUCAUAAUAAAUAUUCGUGAAAAUUGCCGGAUAUCCCAAACUGCAAUAACACACAUAAUUGAUGGCUUGACAAAUUUAUUGGAGCUUUAUUCGUUGGUUAUACUUAAAGAAUGUCACCAGAAAAAAGACGGUGAUACUCAGAAACUUAAUUUUGAAGAUAUAAAAAAUGUAUUAGUUCAAGAAUAUCCUCCUACGAUUAUUUUCUCCUCAAUUAAAACUAAAACUGAGUUAGAUAAGUUUCUAAUUAAUGAGCUAAAUAUGGUGCCAGCAAAAAAAACACUUAUUGCGACAAAAUUAGUUUGGAAAAAAAAAAAACGAUACGUUCAACAAAAUUCUCAAUUGUGUGAAGUUCAACACAAUGCGUACGUCGUUCCGUUUAAUGAAAACUUGAUAAACCUUAUGAUGAAUGAUGACGUUAGAGAUUGUGUUGAUAAUCCUUUAGUUUAUAAAGAAAGGAUUUUUCGAACGAUACUUGAUGGUGAAUAUUAUAAAGAAAAUUCGUUUUUCAAAGAAAAUACAAACGCUUUAGCUAUAGUUUUAUACAUGGACGAGUUAGGAGUUGCCAAUCCAUUAGCUUCUAGUUCUAAAACCCAAAAGUUAACAAUGUUCUAUUGGACUCUUGCUAACAUUAAACCAAAUUUGCGUUCAUCACAAAAUGCGAUCCAAUUACUAGCUAUUGUCAAAAGUUGUUAUUUAAAACAGCCAGGUGCUUUGAAUAAAGUCUUAAAGCCUUUUAUCGAUGAUAUUAAAAAUUUACAAACCCAAGGAAUUAACAUCACCAUUAAUGGUGUCCCUAAAAAUUAUAAAGGUUCACUAUUAUUUUUUUCGGGUGAUACUCCUGCUUCUGCUUUAAUGGGUGGUUUUAAAGAAUCUGUAUCAGCACACCGCCCAUGUCGAACUUGCAUGUUUACAAAAGAUGAAAUCAAACAAUAUGUUAAAGAGACUGAUUUUCUUUUACGAAACAAAGAUACACAUCAAGAACAUUUGGAAGCAAUCAACGAUAAUACAACUCAAGCUACAAAAAAAUUUUGGCAAUUAUUUUAUGGAAUUAAUACUGUAAGUCCGUUAGCAGAUAUUCCAUUUUUUGAUGUGACUAUGUGUUUACCACAAGACUGUAUGCACGUUUUAAACGAAGGAGUUACUGAACUUGUAUGUCGAUUAUUUUUGAAUUAUUGUAUUACAGAGAAAAAAUUAUUUACUAUAAAACAGUUCAAUGAACAAUUAACUGCAUUUGACUUCGGACACUUUAGCCGAGACAAACCUGCAAUAAUCCAAAAUAAAGACCUUGCUGAUGAAAAAAAAUUACGACAAAGUGCAGCACAAAUGUUUGUUUUAGCACAUACUCUACCAUUUUUAAUUGGUCAAUGGAUUUAUGAUAGCGAUGACGAAGGUGUUACUGAAAGGCUUGAUUGUUUAAUUUUAUUACUGCAGAUAAUGAACUUGUGUCUGGCAUAUGAAAUACACGAUGACUCCAUUGAUACUCUAAGUCGUAUGAUUGAAACGUUUAAAUUAAAAUUUAAUUUAUUGUUCCCUGAUAAAUUUAUUCCCAAGAUUCACUUUUUAGAGCAUAUUCCAAGAUAUAUAAAACUGUUUGGCCCAGCACGACAGCAAUGGUGCUUUCGAUUUGAAUCUGCACAUGCCUACUUUAAAGCUCUUGUAGCAAUUGUGCGAAAUUUUAAAAAUAUGCCUGAUACAAUGUGUUAUCGUUAUCAAUCACGUAUGUGUUCUAGACUUUUUGUUAAUCCUGGUCAAUCAUCGAAAACUUUUUUAUACGAAGGUGAUAACAUAACGCCUGGACCGAGUGUACUUUUAGCCAAUCUACCAUAUGAUAAAUUAUUUGAUGACUUACUUAAUGUUAUCGAGAGAAACGUGUGUUCUGUAAUGAGAUCACCAAAAGUGACUAUUCAUAUUACCACUUAUAGCCAUGGAAGUGUAAUUUUACUUGAAUGUAACGAAGAUAUAAUGCCUAUAUUUGCGGAAAUUGAUGAUAUCUGUAUACUAAAUUGUAAAAUUUUAUUUGUAAUCAAACGGCUUGCAACAAUUUGCUAUAACCCUCAAGUAAACAGUUAUCAAUACCAAAAACUACUUAACCAACAACAAGAAAUUAUAGAUGUUGACGAUUUAAUAUUUCCUCACUCUCUAUCAUCGUUUAAAAUGGAAAAUCUAACAUUUAUUUCAUUAAUAAAUUAUAACCGUUUAGAAUUCAUUGGAUGA